GGAAGAAUUGUGACUCCAGAUCCCAAAUAGCAAGUCCCGUCUCCUACAACCCCCGAAAGGCCGACCUCACUCCGCCGCCCACCUACUACCAGCACCACCAGACCUCGAGGCGGCGCCGCGGACCUCUCCGGCUCUCAAAAGGCAGAUGCCGACUUCCCAACCUCCCCCUGCCUCCCCGCCCCCCCGAGACCGCCAGGGUGGAGGUGGACGCCCCCGCCUCCGCAUUUCUGCGCGGGGCUCCAGAUUGCAGGGCAGGGCGGCGCUUCUCGGAAAGCGAAAGCCCGCGGGGCGGGGCGGGAGCCGUAGGAGAAAGAGGAAGCGCUGGCAGACAACGCGACCCGUCCGCGCCGAGGCUCCAGGACAGCCCGCCAUGGCUGCAGAAGGUCCCCGCGCGGAGUCUGUGGCCCCCGUCUUCUCCACAUCCUCCCUGCCCCUGGCUGCUCUCAACAUGCGAGUGCGGCGCCGCCUGUCGCUGUUCUUGAACGUGCGGACGCAGGUGGCGGCCGACUGGACGGUGCUGGCAGAGGAGAUGGAUUUUGAGUACUUGGAGAUCCGGCAGCUGGAGUCGCACGCCGACCCCACGGGCAGGCUGCUGGACGCCUGGCAGGGACGCCCCGGUGCCUCGGUAGGCCGGCUGCUGGAGCUGCUCACCAAGCUGGGCCGCGACGACGUGCUGCUGGAGCUGGGACCCAGCAUUGAGGAGGAUUGCCAAAAGUAUAUCUUGAAGCAGCAGCAGGAGGAGGCUGAGAAGCCCUUACAGGUGGCCUCUGUCGACAGCAGUGUCCCACGGACAACAGAGCUGGCGGGCAUCACCACACUUGACGACCCCCUGGGGCAAAUGCCAGAGCGUUUCGAUGCCUUCAUCUGCUAUUGCCCCAGCGACAUCCAGUUUGUGCAGGAGAUGAUCCGGCAACUGGAACAGACAAACUAUCGACUGAAGUUAUGUGUGUCUGACCGCGAUGUCCUGCCUGGCACCUGUGUCUGGUCUAUUGCUAGUGAGCUCAUCGAGAAGAGGUGCCGCCGGAUGGUGGUGGUUGUCUCUGAUGAUUACCUGCAGAGCAAGGAAUGUGACUUCCAGACCAAAUUUGCACUCAGCCUCUCUCCAGGUGCCCACCAGAAGCGACUGAUCCCCAUCAAGUACAAGGCAAUGAACAAGGAGUUCCCCAGCAUCCUGAGGUUCAUCACUGUCUGUGACUAUACCAAUCCCUGCACCAAAUCUUGGUUCUGGACUCGCCUUGCCAAGGCCCUAUCCCUGCCCUGAUGACUGCUCUGGGACUCUGGGUGUGUGUGUAUCUGUCUGCCUGUCCAUGCACUUCUGCCCUGCCUCCUCGGUUGUAGGAGGAAUCUGUGCUCUACUUGCCUCUCAAUUCCUGGAGAUGCCAACUCCACAGACACAUCUGCUACAGCUGGACAUCAUCUGGACAUCACAUCUUAUGUCCUUCAUGGAACCAGUGGCUGUGAGGGGCUUGUCCACUGGCUGGCUUACCAGCCAGGACGGUAUAGAACAGAACCAGCUGGGACUAGCAGAGCCAGCUCUGAGCUAUUCAUAUACCUUCAGUCUUAGUUUCCCCACCUGAACAGUAGGAUGGGGAGAACAGACAGUAGCUGUGUUUGAAUCCCUGUAGGAAAUGGUGAAGCAUAGCUCUGGAUCUCCUGGGGGUGACCAAUCUUGGCUGAGGGAGAGCUGGCUGCUGCUAGACUACCUGCUGGCCGC